CUUAAUAAAGAACAGUAUGUGUACCCAUUUGGAUGACAGAAGGGGUGCUAUAUAUCUGAGGCAAUAUCAACGCGAAAAAAAAUUACUACACGACAGUUAAACUACGCAGUCAUAUUAAAGAUGCUAUUGGAAACACAUUACAAGCUUCGCUAAUCAGUUUGAGCUGAAAAAGACAAACAAAAGCAUGUAACAUUUCUCUGUUGAAGUCUCUAUCCCUAAUAGUGGAGCUGAAAGCGAAAGGCUAAGUCGUUUUUAGGGUGCCAACACUUGUUUUAACUGGCUAAAUCGCAUAAUAUUAAGUGACGUAUCCUCGUUAUCGUUAUCCGUGGGCGAUAGGGUUAAUUAAGAAUGGCAAUUCAGGACGCAUUUAAUCCAGUUUGAUUUCGGCACAAUUAAAAUUCAGUUCACAUACCACUCUUCAAGUGGUCCACAAAUGAAAAGAGUGACACCUCGGUCUCCAAGACAGCGUCGUAUUUCUGAGGCAGCAUAAUCACUUGGCUGCUCCUUGCACUGUUUCUCCCCGCCGCGUCCUGUGCGCUGAGCGCUCUCCAGACACUCACCACUCAAACGCGUUUACGCGCAUCUCCGAGGAGCACGGCGACGGACCUUAUCAAGCCAGUCACAUAAUUCGUGUACACUGGUAGGGUUAUUUAUGGCAUUGAGCGACUCCAGUGUGGGGAUUCGAUGCAAUGAUUUUACCCGUUGUUAUUUCCACCAUCGAUGUCAAGGUUGAUCAGCUGAGGAACAGAUAAUUACGAUCUCGUCUACGAGAGCAAACUGAGGACUGUCGGAGAACGGGCUGUAAGGACUAGCUGUCGUAAUCGCGUAACGGGAACAAGUUUGGAUGUUCAUGGACUCCGAGGAAAGCGAAAUGAGCAAAAUGCUAAUAUACUGAUGUUUAUAAUUUAAAGAUGUAUUUAAGAAGAUAACGCUGUGAUUUAUCUUAGAACACCAAAAAGACAAUUUCAGCGAGUUUUCCUACCCAAGAAAUAUUUGAUAGGUGCUUAUGCAGACAUGUAUUGCUUUAUUAGAAUGGAUUGAUAAUCUUGUGUCUUCCGCAUCGUUUACUUUGGCACAAUGAAAUCUCUCUUCUACAGCCGCUUUUUCAUAUUACUUCCGUGGGUUUUGAUAGUCAUCAUUGUGAUUGACAUCGACACGAAGAGGUCAUCUGUACGAAAUACAGCCAACUUUUAUCUCUCUCGGCUUGGAAACGCACCGCGGCCAGACAGAGCGGUCCGAACUACCUCUGCAGUCAACCGCACGGCUCUCCCCGUGAUUUACGCAGUUACACCUACCUACACCAGAGCGGUGCAGAAGGCAGAACUCACCCGCCUGGCGAACACUUUCCGUCAGGUUCCGCGGUUUCACUGGAUCGUAGUGGAAGACUCCAGUGCCCACACGGAACUGGUGUCGCGUUUCCUCGCCCGUGCCGGAGUCCAAAGCACCCACCUGCACGUCUUCACCCCUCGCAGGUUCAAGCGCAACGGGAUGCCCCGCGCCACCGAGCAGAGGAACGCCGCACUCGGCUGGCUGAGGGGCCAUCGUAGCCUGAACGACGCUGGAGUCGUGUUCUUCGCCGACGACGAUAACACGUACAGCCUUGAACUGUUUGAAGAGAUGCGGUCGACCAGACGGGUGUCGGUAUGGCCCGUAGGUCUGGUGGGGGGGCGUAGAUACGAGCGCCCCAUCGUGGAACAGGGCAAAGUGGUUGGCUGGUACACAGGAUGGCGUGCUGACAGGCCCUUUGCUAUUGACAUGGCAGGCUUCGCAGUGAACCUGAAGGUGAUUCUGGAUAACCCACGCGCCCUGUUCAAGAGGAGAGGGGCCAAGCCAGGCAUGCAGGAGUCCGACUUCCUAAAGCAGAUAACCAAGGUGGAGGACCUGGAGCCAAAGGCUCACAACUGCACCCAGGUCCUGGUGUGGCACACCCGCACAGAGAAGGUCAACCUGGGCAAUGAACCCAAGAGGCACCUGGACUCUGUUUUCAUUGAGGUCUAGUGGACAGGACUGCCAUGGGUGAGCAUACUGGCUGGACCAAGUACCCAUCAUCCUUGGCACUUGCCCAUUUAGUGUCCACCUCUUAACUUCUAGUUUACUGAUAAAUGCUGGACGUCCAUUGUGAAGGAUCCCUCAUCCAACCCAAUGCUCUGGAUUUAUCACUGACCUGCUUCUGGCUGCAUAAGUGGACUGUGCAUCAGUGCUCUGAUAAAAAUAUCCCAUCUCAUUGAGGCAGUACACUGGGUCGCUCGGUCCAUCUCUAAACCCGCAUCAAUGGCUCGGGCUGGUUUCGGUGGCAGACUAGGUGGAAACAUUCACUUUUGAAAUCGGCACAGCAUGUGCAAUACAGGCUGUUUUGGAAAGAGAGCCGGACAUUAGGGAUAAGAACUCCAACAGUGAUUCAGUGUCUCUGUGGAGAAGAUUCAGCUUGAAGAACCCGAUGACAUCUGCUGGGGGCUGGCGGAAGAACACUAAAAGGACCAGUUGUUGGAGUGGGGACUCUGAGUUUAAAAUGUACAUUUCCUGAACUUCAUGCUGUCUGUGGAAUUUAUACGGAGAGGCUGUGGAGACAGUAUAUGGAAGUAUAUGGAAAAGACCCUGCAGAGACGUGUAUGUGUGGCUAUGAGUGUGUUUGUAAGAAAAGACCAGACAACAGGAAAGGGCUUUGGGCAAUGGUGCGUGCCUGCGUCUCAGCCCACAGGACUCUAAAGGACUAAACACUAAAGGAACUACCCUUACGAUUACAACUGGCUUUAUUCCAAAUGUCCCUUUUAAAAGCAAAACAAGAAAAGAACAAAACAUCAAAUGAGAACUUUACAAUAAAUGAAGCAUUAGACAAAAUGAUCACACAAUAGUUCAUGGCUAUUCACUGUUUAAUGCACGGAAAUAACAUUUUUUUUUUUUUUUUUUUUCCUCUGUACUAGGCACCAGAAAAAUGUAAACACGUUAUAGAAAUAAACCUGGAUGACGAGG